GUAAGGUGUAAGGUAGUUACGUGAAGUGUCAAUGAUGUUCAAAAUAUCGGAUAACAAGCCAGUUAUUGCUUCAAAAGGUGUCUCGUACACCAGCGUUAUCGAUUCUUUAGAUGGCUUAAACAGUGGUGUACCUACCCGAACUACUGCUACGCUUACCCCUACUACAUUAAGGAAUAUAGAACAAACAUUUCAAGAAUGCCAAGAUGAAACUCACCAGAAUCAAGCAAGAUUUGUUCCUCCUCUCGUACAACCCUCCUCUCAAGUCCUUCAAAAAACCUUUAUGAGUGUUGUUGACACUAAAAGUUGGCAAGGUGGAAGGAUCACUGAGCAGCACAGUGGUAAUAUACCAGUUGAAAUACUAGGAAAUUCAAUUAUAAGCCAACCAAGAAGAAAUGUUGGUGGAAGGCGUCCAGUUAAAGAUAAAUCUAUAUCACCGGAAGAAGAAGAAAGGAGAGCAGUAAGAAGAGAAAGGAACAAGUUGGCUGCUGCUCGAUGCAGAAAAAGGAGAUUAGAUCACACCAAUGAACUAAUGAUGGAAACUGAAGGAUUACAAGUUAAAAAGAAAGAUUUAGAAAAGGAUAUUUUUGAACUAGAAUUUCAAAAAAAAGAGUUACAAUAUCUGCUGGAUAAUCAUAAACCCUGUUGCUUUAAAAUGAAUAAAGACAUUAAAAGCAAUGAUGAUUCUAAAGACUUCUUCAAUGGCAAAGAAAAUGAUGUCACUUGUGCUAAAAUAUCAACAUUGAAAAGAAAUGUGGGUAAAAGGCCAACCACUCUGUUAGUACCUACAUCCUUCCCUCCUGUUUCGAUACCUACAGAAGUUGAUGGUGUUCCUAUUACAACACCAACUGCUGGAAUUCCUUUCAAUUUUGAAUCCAUAAUGGAAGGUGGAACUGGAUUGACUCCUGUGUCUGGUCCUCUCAUCCCCUCUUGUGCCACACAACAACGGAAUGCAGGGUGUGUUGAUUUAUCAAGUCCUGAUUCUAGUAAAUUAGUAUCUCUGUGAUAUUUAUUGAAAUUUAUUUUUAUUUAAGAGAGCAACAGUAUAUUUAAAAUACCAUAUUUAAAACUACUUCUUUGUCGAACAUGAAGUCUAAAGAUAAAUAUUUUUUAUAUAAACCAGUUAAAAUUUAUUUUACUUUUAAAACUGCCAAUUU